CAAGAUUCAGCUGUUACCAGUUUCAGGCUUGGUAAUAGAUUGCACAAAUCAUGAAGCAAUAGGCAUGGCAAAGCAUUUUGUUUGCAAAGUUUGAACAUUUCUUUUUUUCUUUUUGGUGAUUUUAGUUUGGGAGUACCCACCAACCAGGCCAACAUAAUUAGUUGCAUCUGCUAUUGACUAUGCAAAAUACUCAAACCCCCGUGCAAAAGGGGGAAAAAAAAACACAGAUUCUACGUUAUUUUCUCUUAUAUAUCUCAUAUUCCAACCCAUUUCUCCCACCUCCUCUCAUUCAAGAAAUCCAAAGAACAACAAUGGCAUUGACGCCUCUCUUGCACUCUAAGCUUUUCCAGGUUGUUCUUUUGGUUUCUGUCUUCAUCUUUAGCAGCGGCUUGUAUGCAAGUGAUGACUCUCAUUUGUCUUUGGAUUACUAUGCAUCUACUUGCCCCACUGUCUUCGACAUUAUCAGGAAAGAAAUGGAAUGCGAAGUGCUCUCAGAUCCACGCAAUGCAGCUCUUGUAGUACGACUGCACUUCCAUGACUGCUUUGUUCAGGGAUGCGAUGGAUCGGUUUUGCUAGACGACACAAUCAGUUUGAGAGGAGAGAAGAAAUCUUCUCCAAACAUAAACUCACUAAAAGGUUUUGGAAUCAUUGAUAAGAUCAAGAACAAGGUCGAAUCUGAGUGCCCUGAAAUAGUAUCUUGUGCAGAUAUCCUCACUAUUGCUGCAAGAGAUGCAGUGAUUCUGGUCGGUGGACCAUAUUGGGAUGUUCCCGUGGGAAGGAAAGAUUCCAAGACUGCAAGCUAUGAGCUUGCGUCAGCAAAUAUUCCAACUGCAGAUGAAGGUCUUGUAUCUAUCAUUUCCAAGUUUCUUUAUCAGGGCCUGUCUGUUACAGAUAUGGUAGCCCUGUCAGGGGCACACACCAUAGGCAUGGCUCGGUGUGCGAAUUUUCGAGCAAGGAUUUAUGGAGAUUUUGAAACAGCUUCAGACAGGAGUCCAAUGUCAGAGACAUAUCUGAGUAACCUGAAAUCUAUAUGUCCAGCUGCUGGAGGUGGAGACAAUAACGUUUCAGCAAUGGACAAUAUCACUCCUAAUCUUUUCGACAACUCAUACUAUCAGAUUCUAUUGAAAGGAGAAGGACUACUGAAUUCAGACCAAGAAUUGUACUCCAGCAUUCUUGGAAUUCAGACAAAGCAGCUUGUUGUGAAGUAUGCUCAUGACCCAAUAGGUUUCUUCCAGCAAUUCUCUGAUUCUAUGGUGAAAUUGGGAAAUAUUACCAAUUCUGAUAGCUUUGCCAAUGGAGAAGUCAGGAAGAACUGCAGAUUUGUGAACACAUGAGCUGCCAGCCUGCCAAACCAUGAUACUAUAGAAAAUUAAUUUAUAUUUGUUCCUCAUAUAUAUCAAGAAGUGAAGAACACAGAUUUAUAAAAUGAAGUAGAAUUUCCCUUU